CAGUAUUUAAUAUUUAUCUGUGGACUGUUUGUCAAUUUUCGAUUUCAGAAAAAAUCGGAGGUCCUGUAAAGUUGUGAUAAUGGAUGAAAUCGAGAAAGAAAAAAUAGCGGCAUUGCCGUCUCAAUUAUUGGUAACUACGAUAUGCCAUCCUAUGGAAUAUGCCAAGGUCUUGAUUCAACUUGGUCAUGAACCUCUGGCGCCGCGGCGUUCUACAACCUUGUUUGGACGACCUGCCAUGAUAUUACCUAAUGUUUUUGAAUAUAUCAAACACAUUAAAAAAUCCGACGGUUUCUUUGGAUGCUACCGAGGACUGUCUGCAAGAGUACUGGGAUUAAUUGCGUCCAGUCAACUUUCAUCGAAAGUAAUUCAUGUUUGCGGUAUCGACCUACCCGAAAUUAACGACCCUCCCAACAUUGUAAAUGAUGAAGAACCUAAAUUUGAAGACUAUUAUAAAUUGGCUCGUCGUGAUAUGAUCAUGCAUACAGCUUCCGUGGUGGUCUCGUAUCCUUUCCACGUCGUUACUGUCAGAAUGAUGGCAUCAUUCGUUGGCAAGGAAGAAGAAUACAGUACUUUAUUGGGAGCGAUUGUAUCUAUAUACAGAGAUGACGGAGUACUUGGAUUUUUCCAUGGAAUUGUGCCGAAAUUAGCCGGCGACUUAGUUUGUGUGACUAUAACAGGAGUAUUGGCAUAUUAUGUCAAUAAAUAUUUAGUUAAGACCAAAGAUUUGAGAUACUAUACUGUACCCUUGCUCACAUUUAUAACAAGCACUAUAACUUAUCCUUUAAUGGUUGUGUCUACUUGCAUGGCUGUUGUAGGCAGCAGCCUGAAGGCGGGUAACCCCCCCGCAAUGCCUAGAUACCCAUCGUGGCAAUCUUGUUGGAAGGACCUGGUAAGAAACAAACAGCACAAACGAGGUUCCUCACUCAUCUUCAGAUACUACAUUGCUCCAAUUGCAGCAAUGCAGUAAUCGCUGUCACAGUGAUAUUCUUGUGCAUUUAUCUGUUUAUUUGCUAAGUGUUGUUCCACAUUCACCAAAGUAGAAAUUUUGACUUCUUGUAGAGAAAUGUGUACAAUUGUUAAAUGUAAAUAAAUUAGUAUUAAUAAAUGGUGUACUAUGUGGAUACUCCUUUUUAAUAUGUUGUUGAGGAAAAGUGUGAUUAUAUUUAAAUAAAUAUAUUUUGUUCUUCA